AUGGACGAAAAGUGCCAUAAUUCGUUUGUUAUAAAAUUUUUUUUUUUAUUUAAUUUUUUAAUUGUUGUCGGACAAACGGUACAAAAAUACAACCAAUCACCGAAUGAAUAUUUAAAUACGUUGCAAAUAAUAAAAAAAUAUGGAUACCCGGCAGAAGCGCACAUGAUAGAAACAGAAGAUGGUUAUUUGAUAGAAAUGCACAGGAUACCACACGGUAAAAAUAAAACGAUGGGGGAUGAGGGGAAAAAACCUCCAGUUUUUCUCCAGCACGGACUUUUUUGCAGUUCUGAAUUUUUUCUUUUGACCGUUCCAAACAAUUCUUUGGCUUUUAUUUUAGCAGAUUUGGGAUUCGACGUGUGGUUGGGUAACGUUCGGGGUAACAUUUAUUCCAGAGCGAACGUUAAAUUAAAACCGGACGAAUACGAAUUUUGGGAUUAUACUUGGCACGAAUGCGGCGUUUACGAUAUUUCAUCCCAAAUCGAUUUCGUUCUCCAGAAAACAAAUGAAAAAAAAUUAAUUUACGUCGGACAUUCCAUGGGCACGACCAUGUAUUUUGUUUUAAUGUCGGAAAAACCGGAAUAUAAUAAAAAAAUUCAAGUCGCGCAAUUAAUGGCUCCGAUCGCUUACAUGAAAAACAUCAUAUCGAAACUUUUUGGCGAUGGAGAAUUUAUAUCGCAUGGAGGAUGGUUGACGAGACUUGGAAAAAUCAUUUGCGAACCUUUGAAAAUAGAAGUUCGAUUAUGUUUAAGCGUUAUUUAUUUAUUGGUCGGAAGCGAUCCACGUGAAUACGAUCAGGCGGUUUUAGACGUGCUUUUAAAUCAUUUUUCCGGUGGUUAUUCCGUUAAGGGUGUUAAUCAUUACGCUCAACUCGUUCAAUCCGGAAAAUUUCGUCAGUACGAUUAUGGUAAAUUAAAAAAUUUCAUUCAAUACGGUUCGGUUAAACCACCGGAUUACAAUUUGAAAAACAUAACGGCUCCAACGUAUUUAUAUUUGGGUAAAAACGAUUUGCUGUCGACCAUACCUGAUGUUAAAAGGUUGGUGAAACAAAUGACAAGCGUAAAAAAUACUUUUCUGGUAGAUUAUCCGAAAUUUUCACAUUUGGAUUUCGUACUGUCGAAAAAUGUUAAGAAAGAACUUUACGAUUAUAUGAUAAAUGAUAUCAUGUCUAAUUUGUGA